AUGGAUAGUGACAACGUACUCGUUUGCACCACCACUCACAUUGCGACAAGUGAAAAUGACGUCGUCCGCACAUGGGGCAGUCGCAACCCAACGUACGUCAUCUUGCUGGGACACUCAAUGGGCGGCUUGCUUGCUGCAGACAUUGCUCUAGUCUUCCGCCAUCGCAUUGUGGGCGUGAUCAAUUUCGAUGUUCCGUUUCUUGGAAUGCAUCCUGGAAUUAUCAAGGCAGGCCUCGGAAGUCUGUUCAGUCCAGCCCCGGCCCCAGUGGAUGAGAUUGCAGAAGAGCCGUCGGAAAAGAAGCCGAGCAGGAUGGCAACCUUCUUCAAUCCGCAGCCGAAUGAUCCCAAUUUCAAUCCGACUUUCGAGAAUGAUGUGCGGCUGCCAGUACUCAAGUCGCACUUCGAGUUCGGUAGCGCCAUGGCCGAUUACAAGGAACUGAAGGACCGAUAUGCCAGAGUGCGAGCGUUGGAGGAAGAAGAUGAAAAAACAAGGAAGUCGGCGAACCCAGGUGUUGCCUCACCACCUCGCAUCCGGUUUGUCAACUACUACACUUCCGUCAUGAACAGCCCCCGCAUAUCUGUGGAAGUCCAGGAGCAUCGCGACAAUGAGAUCGUCCCAGUUACUCCACAAGAACCACUAUCGGCGACUAGUCCUAUCCGUAGCUUCUCGAUCGAGGGCUCUACACACCGUACAGACAGUACACAAAGUCUUGCAGAGAUCCCGCCAAUACCACAAGAGCCACCAUUUGUGGACUUGUUGCAGUUCACGGACAAACAAGAACGCAAGGCUGCCGAGAAGGAGCACGACAAAGCGCUAAAGGAGUAUCAGAAGGCAGUGAAGGCGCGUAACAGGGCCAUCAAAGAGCGAACCAAGGCCGAAGAAAAGUGGGAGAAGCAACAGGAGCAGCAGCGGCAGAAAGACCGUGAACAAGAGGAAUACAAGAACUCACACUCAUAUAAGGAGGAGCAACGUCUGAAGCAGGAAGCGGAACGAAUGCGCAAAGAACACGAACGAAUGAACGGGGGGCCUUUAGAGCCACACGAGGACUCCAGUGCACCGCCGGCCACACGCCAGCAAGAACAAAAGCAGAAACCUAAACAGGAGUCAGACUCAACGGAAGACUCCUUCCCCACCACUGACAUGGAUACGGGCUACGAAAUGUCCCCCGAAGAAGCUCCCGAAAUCCAAACGCUCGACGAAGACCUUGGGGCCAUGGAUCUCGGCGAAGACCACCACCAGCACCAGUCUUCAAACCAUCCUUACGGCAACUAUGACUUCUCCCGUAGCGCUAUCUUGAACCAAGCUUCACCCGACGAUCAAUCAUCCAUGCACGAAUCAAACUACACGCUGGCAACGACGGAUAGCAAUGCCUCGCAUCCCCCAACACCCGGUGCAGAUGGUGAGCCCAAGGAGAAGAAGAAGAAACUCGGCAAGUUCUGCAUGUUGCCGCCGAAAGACUCGACGGGCAAUGUUGAUCCAACGUGGGUGCGUGUGUUCAUGCAGAACAUGGACGAAGUGACUGCGCACACCAGUCUAUUCUUCGUCAACGAGACAUACGAGAGAUUGGUAGGAGAUGUAGGUGCGCGGAUUGAGGAGUGGAUCAGAGAGGCGGAUAGUGUGCGUGUGGCUAAGGAACUAGAAAUGCAGGGAUAG